AUGGACACCCCCAAUACCACCCCCAUCCCAGGGCCAUCCAAGCAGCCCACUGAAAACAGCACCGCAACAGAGCUGCUCCAGCUCGACGACCCCUUCAACCCCGCCCGGCUGCCCUCCAAGCCUGCACGCCCCCGCCCAGCCAACAGGAGCCCCUUCAUCCCCACCCGCGCAGACGGCGUCGAUCUGUCGACCACCUUCCAGCUCAUGCCCGACGGCCCAUCAACCCCCACCAGGGGCAGCCCCUCCAAGAAGCCCAUCGUCGCCGCAGCAGUCACCGACCUAGAGAAAGACCAAGCACGCCGGACGUUCACCAACCUGCUCAAGGCAGAAACAUUCGGCAGCGAGCCCGCCGACCUGCCCCACUUCAUCAACCACUCGCCCUCCCACUCCAGGCAUGCCUCGACCGUCCCCAACUCGUCCCCAGGCACGCCGCGGAAAGCGACCCCGAAGCUGUUCAGCUACUCCUCGCCGACCCGGCCGGGCCCAGAGCAGGCCCCCAACCUCGACUCGCCCACCCACCCGCGCUACUCGACGACGCCGAUCAAGCACGAGAGCCAGCGGCUGCUGCUCUCGCCGCGCAAGCCCACCCGCUCGCUCAGCAAGGUGCCGUUCAAAGUGCUCGAUGCCCCCGACCUGGCCGACGACUACUACCUCAACCUCGUCGACUGGAGCUCCACCAACGUCCUCGCCGUCGGCCUCGGCUCCCAGGUCUACCUCUGGUCCGCCGUCACCUCCGCCGUCACCCGGCUCGUCGACCUCGCCCUGCCCGGCCUGCCCGACCACACCACCUCCCUCGCCUGGAUCGGCCGCGGUAAUAUCCUCGCCAUUGGCACCGACUCGGGCAAAACACACAUCUGGGACACCCAGAUCGGCAAAAGAGUCCGCACCAUGGACGGCCACGAGAGCCGGAUCGGAUGCAUGGACUGGAACGCCCACAUCCUCUCCACCGGCUCCCGCGACCGCUCCAUCGUCCACCGGGACGUCCGCGCCGCCGACCACUGGAUCUCCCGUCUGAACGUCCACAAGCAGGAGGUCUGUGGCCUCAAGUGGAACGCCCAGGCCGGCCAGCUCGCCUCCGGAGGCAACGACAACCGGCUGCUCAUCUGGGACUCCGUCGCCCCAGCCAACUCCGCGCCCCUCUUCCGCUUCAACCACCAUACCGCCGCCAUCAAGGCCCUCGCUUGGAGCCCCCACCAGAACGGAUUACUGGCCUCCGGGGGCGGCUCGGCCGACAAGAAGAUCCGCUUCUGGAACACCAUCAACGGCAACCUGCUCAACGAGAUCGACACCGGCUCCCAAGUCUGCUCGCUCAAAUGGUCCAAAAACUCCAACGAGCUCGUCUCCACUCACGGCUUCUCGCCCGGGCCGAUCCAGAACCAAGUCUGUUUAUGGAAGUACCCGAGCAUGCAACAGAUCGCCACCCUCAGCGGCCACACCUACCGCGUGUUGUAUCUGGCGAUGUCGCCGGACGGAGAGACGAUAGUGACCGGCGCGGGCGACGAGACGCUGCGGUUCUGGCGCGCCUUCCCGAAGAAAAAGAGCUACCCAUUGUCGGCGGCCGGGGCCCCCUCCCAUCUCGCCGGCCCCGGGCCCCCCGGCACCGGCCGCAACAUCUUGAACUUGUUCGCCCAGAUGCGUUGA